AUGAAGCGCCUCAGCCUGCGCCUCAGCCUGUGCCUCAGCCGGCGCCUCAGCCUGUGCCUCAGCCGGCGCCUCAGCCGGCGCCUCAGCCGGCGCCUCAGCCGGCGCCUCAGCCGGCGCCUCAGCCGGCGCCUCAGCCGGCGCCUCAGCCGGCGCCUCAACCUGUCCCUCUCCAGCCUCCUGUGCCUCAGCCUGCGCCUCUCCAGUCUCCGGCGCCUCUCCAGCCUCCGGCGCCUGUCCCUCUCCGGCGCCUCUCCAGCCUCCGGCGCCUCUCCAGCCGCCGGCUCCGCUCCAGCCGCCUGCGCUUCUCCAGCCUAG